GAAAUCCCAAACCCCUCACGUUUCUUCCAAAUGCAGUUCUCUCUCUGUAUCUCUCUGACUCUCUGACUCUCGACCGUCACACGGCGGCCGCGUCGUCAGAUUCCGGCCACGUCCAUCCACCAUAUCCAUCAGAAAUGGCCGGAGAAUCCCCGCCACCUAUUGGCCCACUCGAAUCCCAGGCCACCACAUCUGAUGGCGCGGAUGCCGCACCGUUCGAGCGCUUCUCUCGCCGCGUCCUCAUCAGGAACAUCGUCUCCCGUCCAGAAGGGGGUGUCGUCCUCGCCGGCCAGAAGGUCACCGUCGGCGGGUGGGUCAAGACGGGCCGUGAGCAGGGCAGGGGAUCGUUUGCCUUCCUGGAGCUCAACGAUGGGUCAUGCCCUGCAAACCUCCAGGUAAUUGUCGAUGCUUCGGUAGCGCCACUGCAGCAGCUCGUUUCAACCGGGACAUGCGUGCUCGUCGAGGGCGAGCUCAAGAAGCCGCCUGAGGGGACAAAGCAGAGCGUUGAGCUGAGGGUCGAGAAGGUUCUCGAGGUGGGUCCCGUCGACCCCGUGAAAUACCCGCUUCCGAAGACAAGGCUCACUCUGGAAUUCUUGAGGGAUCAUGUUCACAUGCGUCCGAGAACUAAUACGAUAUCGGCAGUUGCUAGAAUCAGAAACGCACUUGCUUACGCAACUCACACCUUUUUCCAAAAGAACAGAUUCCUUUAUGUCCAAACUCCCAUUAUCACAACUAGUGAUUGUGAGGGUGCAGGCGAAAUGUUUCAAGUCACAACAUUGUUCAGCGAUGCUGAAAAGGUGGAGAAGGAGCUGAAACAGAAUCCUCCUCCAUCAGAAGCUGAAAUAGAAGCUGCUAAGCUUCUUAUUAAGGAGAAAGGAGAGGUAGUCAAAAAUCUAAAAUCUGCAAAAGCAAACAAAGAGGAGCUCAAUGGUCCCCUAUCUGAACUUGCGAAGGCCAAGGAGAAUCUCUCAAGGCUGGAAGAGAGAUCUAAGCUUAAACCUGGCAUCCCCCAGAAGGAUGGGCAGGUCGAUUAUUCCCAAGAUUUCUUUGCCCGUCAAGCCUUUCUUACUGUAUCUGGCCAACUUCAGGUUGAGACCUAUGCUUGUGGCCUAAGUAGUGUUUAUACUUUUGGACCAACAUUUCGAGCUGAGCAUUCUCACACGUCAAGGCAUCUGGCGGAGUUUUGGAUGGUAGAGCCCGAGAUAGCAUUUGCAGAUUUGGAGGAUGAUAUGAACUGUGCGGAGGCAUAUGUGAAAUUUCUCUGUCAAUGGUUACUUGACAAUUGCCUUGAUGAUAUGGAAUUCAUGGUAAAAAAUUUUGACAAAACGGCCAUAGAUCGUCUAAAGCUGGUGUCAUCAACCCCCUUCAUGCGUAUAUCGUAUUCUAAAGCUGUGCAACUUCUCAAGAAUGUCAAAGACAAAAAGUUUGAGAAUGAGGUGGAAUGGGGUAUGGAUUUAGCGUCUGAGCACGAGAGAUACUUGACAGAGGUGAUAUAUAAAAAGCCCGUCAUUGUGUAUAACUAUCCAAAAGAAAUUAAAGCAUUUUACAUGAGGCUCAAUGACGACUCACAAACGGUGGCUGCAAUGGAUGUGCUUGUACCCAAGGUUGGAGAGUUGAUAGGAGGAAGCCAAAGGGAGGAGCGGUAUGACGUCAUUGUGAAAAGGAUACUGGAGAUGGGGCUGCCUCUUGAGCCCUACGAGUGGUACCUUGAUCUGCGACGCUACGGGACAGUCAAACACUGUGGGUUUGGCUUGGGGUUUGAGCGCAUGGUUCUUUUCGCCACGGGCAUCGACAACAUUCGGGAUGUGGUCCCAUUCCCCAGGUACCCAGGAAGGGCAGAUCUUUGAUGUCUUAGCCGUUCAACCUAGCUGUGCUCCCAUUUGAAAUUUAAUUUAGUUACUUGUAUAGACAGGUAUUACAACUUACAUGCUCAUGUUUCUUUACAAAUUUCAUUUGUAAGAAAGUAAAUGCAGAUGACGCAAUUCACUCAA